AUGCCUUUGAUUAAUAAAAUAGAUUCUAGCAAUUCUACACCAUUAGAAUCUUGCAAUGAUCGUGAUGUUACUUCACCGUUAGAAUCUGAAAAUAACAAUGAUCAAUCUCAAAAACGAAACAGACAGGGUGGACCUGUUUUUGACAAAGUAUGGGACUAUGUUAUCAGGUGCGAGAAAGUAAAUCCAGAGCACUAUAAAGCAGAAUGUUAUCAUUGUAGAAAUGUUUGGCAGAGGGGUAAACCUUGCAUUUUAAGGUCUCAUCUUGCACUUCAUUGUUUGAAUGUUCCUGAGGAUAUUCGAUCUUAUUGGCGUAAUAAACUUAUAAGCAAUAAUAAUGCUAAUAAAAGAGAUUCUCAACUACCACUACAAGUUAGCAAGAAUUAUGAUGAAAUUCUUUUAAGACCUUGGAUUAUGACUAAUAUUCCAUUCGAAGUUAUUGAGAAUCCGUAUAUUAAGAAUCUCUUUAAAAGUCUUAAUCCCACAUAUGUGUUGCCAUCUCAUACAACAUUAUCUGGACGAUUACUUGAUGAAGAAUUUGCACGUAUAGAAAAUAAUAUCAAUGACGAGUUGGAGAAUGCAGAAUUGCUUGAUGGGUGGACUUCAAAACGUGGAGAAUCACUGUACAAUUACAUCAUAAUGACUAUAGAGCGAAAGGAAUAUCUUAUUUCUUUGUGCAAUUAUUCAUCAGAAUCAUAUACAAGCAAUUUUAUUGCUUCAGAAAUUGUAGAUAUAAUUGAACGUAUUGGACCUCAAAAGUUUGCUGCUAUCAUUACUGAUUCAGCAGCAAAUCUCAAGUCUGCCAGAGAAAAAAUUCAGACCAAAUAUCCGCAUAUAGUAAAUAUUAGGUGUAUUGCACACGCCAUUAAUCUGAUAGCAACAGAUUUAUCAAAAAUUCGUGAAAUAAAAAUGUUUAUUGAUCAAUGUGGAAAAGUCAUAAAGCACUUUACAAAAUCACCUCAAAAACUGGCAUUAUUACGCCAAGGGUUAUCAAGUAUGAAAAUACGAUUUGAAGGUUUAGAAACAUGGUGUCAAACUCGCUGGGGAUCAUUAUAUGACACUACAAAUUCAAUAUUGCUCGCAUGA